UGGUCCGUCACCUUUGUUUACGUCCGCCAUGGCCGCCGUCCUCUGCAAGGUUAACUCGGCCCUGGUGGCGGCUGGCUUGCGGCCCGUCACCACCAACAAUGCCCUCUUCUACUACGCGCCACUUAAAGGAUGUGUGGCCUACGGGGCGCUGAGCGUCCAAGUAUUCAACCCGGAACUGUUUCAAAACUUCAGGUUCCUGUGUGUUCCAAAGCACAUUUCACUCACCAAUGUUUGCCUGCUCAACACCCUGACUGGAGUUGGCCUUUACCUGUACUCCCGGCCCCACAUGGCACAGGCUGCACCAAAAGCAAAGCUGAUCUACUGUGGCUUUGGAAGUGUGAUGUUUAAUUUUGGCUCAAUGUUGUUGUGGGCUCUGGGACGCACAGUCGCGCCUGAGAGCCCAGUUUUGCGCACACUAGUGGGGGUCGCAGGCGCUGCUGGGGCACUCUACCUGGGGAAGAACUAUGUUCUCUAUUUGGAUGGCCUUGUCAAGGACAGAGAAGAAUAAAUAAGAUCCUUGUCUUUUUACACCAUCUUCUUUAUCAUAGGAAGAAUAACUGUUCUCAAAGGAUUAAGUGUCAAAUAUUAUGAUAUGAAGCACAAGAUAAUUAAUAAAUCAAAUAAACUUUUUUAAAAAGUAAUAUUGUAUGUAUAGAUGCAUGUUCUUAUGUAGCACAAUAAUAAAAAUCCUUUGUAUUGCUUUGUAUUGUAACUAAACAUAAAGGUUGGAAACACAGUAGGCAACCUGUUUUGUACAAGCUGUACUGAGUGUUAUCUGUUGUGUAUUCCACUUGGUUUGGUAGUCAUUACAGCAGAGUUGCAUUUUUUUCAGUAAUAUUUGGUGAAAUGGACAACCCAGCUCUUAAAUAUAUUACUGUGAUGCUACAUCUACAUGCUCUGUAACAUUCUAAAACUGCUGCUAAAUAUGUUUUUACUGAGGGACCUUUAUAUGAAACCUUUUCUUUAAAACUGAUGAAACAUGUAUUUCUUUUCAUCUCUUGAUAAUUUAAAUUACACAAAUGAAAAUGAUAUUGUAACUAUGUACUUUCUAAAUUGCAGUAUACUGGAAGCAUUGGAAUGAUCUGGUAACCAAAUUGAUAUUACUCAGUCUUGUUGCUGAAUGUUCAAUAGAAUAAUUUUGAGACAGGUGAUCAUGGUGUUUUCUUUAUAUAUUUUGCAAUUAGACACUUCUUCUGUUUACUGUGAUUACUUCAGUUGUAUUGCAUAGCUAGUCAAGGUACAAAUUAUGAUUGAAUUAAAGACACACCUGUGAUUAAUUUCCAUGUAUGAUGUGAAUACAUAAUACAUAUAUACAUAGUGUACAUGUCAGACCCUAACAUCUCCAAUGUGAGCUCCAUUUCUUAUGGGAACAUUUUCCAUGAGAUUACUAUCACCUUUGCUUUGGAGAGUAAUAGUGAUCAAUAACAAAGUGUCAAAUUGUAACUGCCAAAGCAGUGAAAAACAUAAUCUUGGAGAUGAAGAGUAUUGUAAUAUUAGGCUAAAUGAUUGCUGUAUAAAUAAAGCUUUUAUACAUUUCA